AACAUUCACUAUCUCGAACAAUUUUUCGUUUUUCUUCAGAGUUCGAGAUAGCGGAUGUCAACUAUACGCAAGUUCUAAACCCGAAACUUACAAAUGGGAUCAUGAUUCAACUUGGUGGCCAAGAAAGUCCAACUCAUGAAAGUGUCACUGAAUUACCUGCGAGACCGCAAACAAACGCCUAAUCGUUCAAAGCUGCUGCUAACGAUCUAGAUCCGUAUAUUUCCAAGAAAAGAGGGCAGCCUUUGACUAUCCUCUUUUGGCUUUGGGAGGAUGUUGCCUUGGUUAAGGAAACUGCUGAAGAGAUCUCUUCAAAUCAGGUUGAUUGGUGGUGGAGUGUUCUUCGAUCCUAUGCUUAUUUCCGUGUUCAUACUCAAACAAUUCAAAAUUGGACUGGAUUCAAUUACUUGAUAUCUGAAACAAGCACAUACUUUCACCAGGUACCAUACCUCCCAGCGAUAAACCAGUCCCCUACGAAGCUGGAAACCGUGCUGGAGCUUCGGUAGCUGUCAAAAGCCAAAGCCCUGAAGCUUGGGUUGUCAGAGACAGACGUUGUUCUUGAUUUGGCCAACUGCUCAAAAGCGGUCGAAAUUUUGUCAAAUCUCCUGUAUACGGAGUUGAAAGGGAGCAUUCCACACAUCGAUGAUCUUCCUGGCCAUCAUUGGGAAAAGAUUUGCUAACGCUGGCCUCCGGGACAUAUUGAAUUUGAUAGCAAAUUUGAUAGGUGUAGAGUUAGUGAAUAGUUGCCAUAUCCUGCAUCUGAUUUCUAAAAAAAGAAAAUGAGCAAUUUUGAGAAGUAUGACUCAACAUCAGCCCAUUAUGAUGAUGGUAGGGUCCCAGCUGGUGCUUCUGUUUAUGCAGUAGUAAUACAGGACUAUCUCAAUAAGCCUUUAAAUGAGAUACACCUACUCGAUGCGGGAUGUGGCACUGGAAACUACUCCAAAGCUUUUCUUGACAAUGGAAUCGGCAAAGUUUCAUGCUUUGAUGCCAGCGAAGGAAUGCUGUCAAAAGCGAAAAACAAAUUGUCAGACUACAUUGCCAACAAGAAAGUUGUUGAAAUCAAGCAAGGGUUUCUGCCUAAGAUACCCUAUGAAGAUUGCGGUUUUGAUGCAGUUAUAUUUGUUCAAGUGUUACACCAUAUUGACACCCCGGAAAGCAACUUUGCCAAUCUGAAGGCGAGCAUGAAAGAUGCAUAUCGUGUUUUGAAACCAGGAGGAGUCCUGAUGAUAAAUUUCUGCACAGGCAACCAGGUGCUGUAUGGGGCCUGGUAUAACAAUUUGAUCCCAAGAAGUACAGCUAUUUAUAGAAAGAAGUACAUGCCACAGGAAGAUUUGCUUGAUUACUUAGAAAGUAUUGGUUUUGAGAGUCCAACAACAGUCACCCGCCCAGGUGACAUCGUCUUAACGAAGGAGAAAUACUUUCGCAAAGAUGGUCCUAUGGAUCCCAAAUGGAGACAGAUGGAUUCCAUUUGGAGAAAUGCUGAAAUCGAGAAUGAAGUCGAAGAAGCAACGAAGGCGUUGCAAGAAAAAUUUGACAACAACACCUUUGAUGCUUGGUUUGCUGAAGUAGAGAAAAAGAGAAAGUCGAUUGGAAUCACCACUAGCAUUUUUGUCCAAAAGCCCAGUGCAUAGGCCUAAAGAAACAAUUUUUUUUAAGAAAUUAUAAUGAAAGGAAUAUUUUUAAUAUAUAUUAACAAUUUUGAAUUGAUGAAUUCGGGCUGUAAUUAAAUUGUUUUUACACACUGUCAUUCUUUGUUUACAA